AGCCGGAGCUAGGGCGUCACUCACGACGUCGGCGGCACCUAGCGUUCUUCCACCGCCCCCGCCGAGCUUCCCUGUCCGCAUCACCACCACCUCCAACGGCCUGGGGAGGAGACACACGAGGAGGAGGGGUACCGUGUUUUCCCUCGUCACGCAGAGCCCGACCGCGCGGAUUAGUCUACUAAGAAGCUCGGGAACACUCAACACUUUUUUGUCUGUUUGGCUCCAGACACCGCUUUGAACCCAGCACCGCUCUUUCUCCUCCUUGUUCCGUCAACCCCUUCAUCCACCUCCGUCUUUUUUUUUCUUCUUCUUCCUCUUCUGCGUCCUCCCCACGCGGCGAGACAUGGCGAAAGAAAACGGCGAGUCCGGCGAUGGGUCGUGGAAAAAGCACGUCGACGACAUCAAGAGUGUGUUCGACUUCAAAGAAGUCCUCGGAACAGGUGCGUUUUCUGAGGUGGUAAUGGCUCGGGAGAAGGUGACUGGAAAGAUGGUCGCCAUCAAGUGCAUCCCCAAAAAAGCUCUAAAAGGGAAGGAGACAAGUCUGGAGAAUGAGAUCGCCGUACUGAGGAAGAUAAAGCAUGAGAAUAUUGUAGCUCUGGAGGACAUUUACGAGAGCUCCAACCACCUGUACCUCAUAAUGCAGCUGGUGUCUGGCGGUGAACUCUUUGACCGCAUUGUGGAGAAGGGCUUCUACACUGAGAUGGAUGCCAGUCGACUCAUCCGACAAGUUUUGGAUGCCGUCAAUUAUCUCCACUCCAUGGGUAUCGUGCACAGAGACCUAAAGCCAGAGAACCUUCUCUACUUCAGUCCACACGAUGAGUCAAAAAUCAUGAUCAGUGACUUUGGCCUCUCCAAGAUGGAGGGGACCGGCGAUGUGAUGGCCACUGCCUGUGGAACUCCGGGAUACGUGGCACCUGAAGUGUUGGCACAGAAGCCGUACAGUAAAGCGGUGGACUGCUGGUCAAUAGGGGUCAUCGCUUACAUUCUGCUUUGCGGCUACCCGCCUUUCUAUGAUGAAAAUGACUCCAAACUCUUUGAGCAGAUCCUUAAAGCAGACUAUGAGUUUGAUGCUCCGUACUGGGACGACAUAUCGGAUUCUGCGAAAGACUUUAUCAGCUGUCUCAUGGAGAAAGUUCCCGAAAAGAGGUUCACCUGCGACCAGGCUCUGGAUCACCCUUGGAUUGCAGGAGGAACGGCACUCUGCAAAAACAUUCAUGAGUCCGUCAGUCGGCAGAUGCGCAAAAACUUCGCCAAAAGCAAAUGGAGGCAAGCCUUCAACGCCACGGCGGUGAUUCGCCACAUGCGACGUUUGCAGUUGGGUACCAGCUUUGGCAGCAGCAUCGCCACCACCAAUUCUGCCACCAGAGCGCCGGCCAAAAGUCAGUCAGUGGACUGUGCCCCACUCACCAUCCAUGACUGUCCUCCAAUGGCCCCCCUGCCAUCCUCGGUCAGUGUUUCCAAUCAGGGUUCAGAAGCGUCUUCACCUUUGCAGGAGGAGCCGCAAUUGGUGGCUGAGCCGAUGAUGCCUCGCCCCUCCACUGUCACUGUCAUUCACACGGGGACUAAAUGACGCCAGGUUCCGCGGGAGGUGAGCUGGGAGACCACUGAGCUUUAAGACUGGGGUGAAGUCUCCCCCCGGGCCUCGUCAUUCUGAGUGGUCGCCCAGCUCGCCUAACCCGCCACCUCCCAUGCGUUUAUCUGCAACUUUUAGGGAGGCAUUUGAGGAGGUCAGUCUCGCUCGCUGAGAAAGAGAUGGAUAAAUUCCACUCAAUGUUACUCCUGAAGCCACAUUACGGCUGUAAGGAAGUGCAGUAAGAGUCGUGUUAAAGGGAAUUGUAUUUUUAUCCAAGCUGCUGUCGGCGUCGUCCAAUCAGAUGCUCCGCUGUAUGCCUUGUGUAAAUAUUCCGCCUGGAGCCAAAUCCUAAAGCUUUGCACUGUGCUCAAUCAUGGUGACAUCAUCGCACCUUCACCCUCCAUAUCGGUUAACUCCAUGACGCCAGGUGCACCGCACGAAUGUAUUGGGGAAUUUUCUCUUUCAAUGCUAACACUACUGCAUUGAAUGGGGACGUCCUCCUUGAUCGCAAGAGGACAACCAUGAGUUCUCAGGGAUGUUGCUUGAAAUGAACCAAACACACCCAAAUCCCUUCAGCACUCCAACCAACACUGUGUAUUGAUUGUUACUCUCAUGUGCCAAUAGGAGCAUUUGCUUCCUUCCUUCAAGUUGCUUGUCGUUGAUGGUGUACGUACACAACUAUCAAGAAUUUAGGAUAGUGGGCUUUUUGAGGUAAAAUUUCAGGAUAAAGGAAUUAGUUUGACCUUCUCCAUCUUUUUGUUCAUAUUUUUCAUAUGAUGUGGACGUCACAAACACUGGACAAACUACAUGUGUUUUUGAAGUGUUUUAACCCACAGACAGGCACAUAGAAUAUAAGAAGGUAGAUCAAGUACAAAAAGAUAGCUUCAUUACACAAGUAGUCCAUAUUUAAAAGCAGUGUGAUAGAAAGUACUUUCAAAAAGGGGUGUCGCAAUUAAUCACUUAAUACAUUGAGGGCUAAUUUGGUUUAAAUAGUCCAAAUCCUCUUAUUUAUGCCUCUCAACAGUGAAUAUUCUCAGAUUUCUAUGGUCGAACAUGAAACCUAACUAAUUAUGUUUGCAUAGAACCAAAAUAAAACGUGCACACAUCCGCUAUUUUCUGACAGAAAACAAAGACCAAACUAAUAACGAAUCAUUAUAUUGAAAAUUUCAAUACAGUGCAUUGCAAAUAUUAUCAUCCUGAUAGAAUUGAAUACACUGAAAAGACAAAAUAAUGAAUGUUCAAACUGAUACUGUCACAGAAGCUAGCUUGUGAACUGUGCGCUGAUAAUUAUUUUGGCCCAGAGGACUCAACGUUCAUGAUUUCAAAGAAUGAACGGACUUGUGAGGCCACAGUAGAUGUUUCCUUUUUUUGUCAGUCCAGCUAUAACACGUUGAUACUGGUAUUAAAUGCAAAGCUGCCUGAGGGAUCAAAGGUCACGGGCAUUCAAUGUUUUUUUUUUUUAGCCUUUGCACUUACUUUUGAGUGAUUUCUCCAGCUACUCUGAAUCUUUUGAUGAUGAUGGACCUUAGAUCAUGAAUUCUGUAACUUCAUUGAUAUACAUUUAUAAACACUCAAAAGGUCGUAAACCUUACCUCAUCUUUUGGGGGAACUCCCUUUAUAGCCAGUCAUUCACCUAUUUCAAAAUAAGCUGUUCACCUGUGGAGUGUUUCAAAUAAUAGGAGUUUUUUUUUUUUUUUUUUUUUUUUUUUUUUUUUGGGUACGUAUCGCAGGUUUCAAAAUCAAAAUGAAAGGAAAUUACCAUCCCCACUCCAACCCACACAAAAAAGGAAAACGUUAAUUUAUCAGUUUGAACAUUAAAUAUCUUGUAUUUGUAAUUGGCUAUUUUUUAAAACAAUAUAUUUGAAACUGGGUUUUGUGUAAUGUCUAGUUUCUGAAUGAAAUGUUGGAGAUUGCAUUUGAUCUAUCAAUUAAAUGUUAAUCAGUUCUACAUUAAAUGGUUAGUUCCAUGCCUUUUUUGAUGUCAAAGUCCCUGUGAAGUGAAAAAUAAUCUCCUUUAAAUUUGACAAGCUAUGAAGAGUGUCGCCACAUUUGAAUUCAUAAAACAAGGAAGUAAAUAUUGUGUACCUGCGGAAGUAGGUUUCCUGCUGCCGCAAUGCUCAUUUGAACUAUCUCAGGUGUAUAUUUUGAAACCUAAUUUAUUGAAAAUGGAUCAAUGUAGGUUAAGUUUGGUCUACUGUAGUGAAAUCCCUUUGAAAAGUAGUGUUGCAACUGGCUGUUGCGAUUGGUUCAAUAGCCCCUCCCCUCAGCACUAACACCGACGAGCUGACGGUGUCUAUAAAAGUUAUAAUAAAAAGUAGGGUGCCAACUCAAACUUGCGAAAACAGGUGAGCGGAAGCAACAAUGUGUUCGAUAAGAGCAUGGUUUCAUUAAAGUAAAUAAAGCGGGCAGACACACAACACGUGAAGGAAAGGGAAUAUUUAUUUUAAAGUUGUAGGCAUCGUUUGCGUGCAUUUGGGUAUCGUGGCAAAAAGCAAGAAAAUGCGCUAAAGUAAGUGUGGCGCCGACAACGAAAAAUAGUGAAAUUGAGGACUACAGUCAUUUCUAGUUUUAAGUCCACAAUUGUGUAUACGUACUUUCUAAAUCACCUUCUGAGGCUGAUUUUCUUAAAGUACCCCUAUAUAAAAUGUUUGAUUGGUACCAUGCUCUAAAAUGGAAGCAUCAUCAGUAUUGUAAUUUAAAAGAUUGUUUUUUUUUAUGGCCAAACAAGUAUGGAUAUAACAUUUAUGUAUCUUCAACAGGAUUUUAGAGAAGGUCAAAUUAAAUCCACCCAAGUGCAGUUUCAGUCCAUCCUGAAAUUUCUGCCUGAUUUUUUUUGUGCAUUGAGAAUCUUGUGACGUUUCCCUUUAAAAAAAAUAAUAAUUAAAAAAAAAAAGUACUGUAUUCCAGUGACAAAUCACACUGAAACAGAGUGUUGAAGUUGAGUUGAUUGUACAGUUCAGUCAUUCAGUCAGUAGUUCUUUGCUUUCAUGCAGACCUGUUGAAUUUCGCAGAAAGACUUUUCUCCUCCCCCUGGUUGUCCUCUUUUCUCUCUGAAUCUCUACACAGGGUCAAGAGGAGACUCCACUUGCACAUGGAUUGUGACUUUUAAAUGUGACAGUGUAGUUAAUGGUGAGUAAACUAUAAGAUGAGCCUGUCUGCUGUAAAUACAAAUCUCAGAAUUUUACUUCUUGAGUCCUGAAUGUUUCCUUUUGUUGUUGUAAUUUCCCCUCACAAAGUACCAAAAUAGGGCAAAAAAAAAAAAAAAACUCAAAAGCUGUGAAUCCCUCCACCCCCUCCAAAUGCAUGUGUUGCAUGUUCGGAUGCUGAAAUGUUAUGUAUUAAAGAAAAAAGGAGAGGCUUGUUUGCAAGUGUCUUUGAAUAUUUGACUAGAAUAAAAGUUUUAAAAGGGUUACAUGCAUGUUACGAGUGUAAUGCUUGUGUAGUUGUUGUAAAAUAACAAUUUGUCCACAGCCUCAGAUGGUUUGGCGGUUGUACUCGUAGGCAGGAUGCAUCCCAUCAUAGUGGAACUCCCGCCACUGCUCUGUGCUCUCACGGCUCCUCUCAUUUUGUUCUGGAAGGUGAUUGAACAGUAGGAAACGAGUGAGUGGCAAGUUCCUUUAAACUUGUACAAGUACUUAACUUAGACCUGGGUGUUUUUGUAAGCAUACUUAAGCUGUCUCUGUUCCAGCUUUGCAUUAACUGUUGAAUUUGUUGACUUUCAGUGCAGCGCCACAGAUAUAUAUGGCUUUGCGCAAACACCAGCUGCUUUAAGUUUUUUUUUUUUUUCCUGAUUGGUUUCAUUCUGAGAGAUUGUUUUGAGAUAUUUGCCAUGGAUAGUGUAAAUUGUACCAUGAGAUGAAGCAGUCUGACGGCUGUUAAACUUCUCAAACGGAUGUUAAACUGCAGGUGGGGAGAGAAAAACAUCUUGCCAGUUGUCAAAUUUUGCAUCUCUGCUCCAAUGUCCAUUGGUGAGCCAUAGGCAAGGGAACUGCUAUGCAGUAUAUGCUUACAAAUACAGCCAAACCUCUCAAAUUGCUCCAGAUUUUUCUAAACUGUAGAUGAAAUGAUAUAAGAAAAAAAAGCAUGUGGAUGGUUACUUUUAAGAAACUUUAAUUGUGUUUUUCAGAGGAGACUAAUUUAGUUUUAACAAAAGUACAGUAACAAAGUAUUUGCACUGCCAAGGUGUUGUGCUCUUGACAAAGCGAUAAACUCGACUCACCGUCGUCCACCUCUUCGACGUAGCUCUCAAACUCGUUCCUUUUCUCCUCGUGGAACUCUCUCCUGCGCUCGUCUGCAGCCAAGACUUGCCUCUGCUCAGCUAUAAGUCACCACAGGCAAUUAGAUACACUUCAGACAGGAAGGAUAAAAGUACCAAGAAAUACCUUUUGAACAACUUCACUCCUAAAUUCAUCUUUACUUCUAAAUGGAAACACACUUAAUAUCUGAAUAGAAAGUCCUCACAGAUGUGUGCAGGUUAGUUUUAAAGACCCCAGCUUUUCUUUCAUACCUAUUGACUGAAGAUUGCACACAUCAAUACAAAUGACUCCAAAUGUGCCUUACCAUUGAGUUAUCACUGAUUUUAUGCGCAAUAAAUAUAUCGAGCAUUAACAAAGACAUUCAAUUGUAUAGAAAAAUGGAGUCUCAACAAUUGACAAAUUCAUUCACUGACAACAGAAGUAUGCUCUUUUUGUUAAGAGACUGACAGUAACGGAAUGAUCUGUGUUGUCACAGAUUACCAAAUUGGCCCGAAUAUAAGACGGCCCUGAUUAUAAGACGACCCCCUCUUUUUCCAGGACUCAAGUUUGAAAAAAAGACUUUUUGAACACCAAAGUAAUUUUUAUACAGAAAAUAAUUACAGUACAUCUGAAACAAACGAUUUAUAACAAUAUAUUUGAGGGAAAAAGCAUGUUAUUUUGCCUCAUUCAAAUCUUAAUAUCUUUUUAUUUAUUUACUGAUGACUGAUUAAGCCUAAAAAAGUAAUCUAGUUACUUUGCUGAUUACUUCAUUAUCAAAGUAACUAAGUUACUUUGUUAUCAGUUACUUUUUACUCAUUUUUCCCCCUUUGCCGCCUCAACAUAAGAAUGACAACAGAAAAAUGUGAUCGCAUGUAACUGACUUUCGAUAAUUGAAUUUAAAGGGGAAGAUUAGAAUUUUUCACGUAAGGCUUAAUUUUCGAGUUAGCGGAGUUUAAUUAGUCAAAAGUAAAGAUGUCCCGAUCGAUCGGGAUGCCGAUCACGUCAUUUUCAAAGUAUCGGAAUCGGCAAAAAAAUAUCGGACAUGCCUUUUAUAUAUAUAUAUAUAUAUAUAUAUUUUUUUUUUAAUCGUUUUCUUAAUGUGUAUAACGUUACAGACAAAAUGUCUUACACUCAUCCAGAGUAGUUUUGGCUUAAAGUAGGGCUAUCAAAUUUAUUGCGUUAACGGCGGUAAUUAUUUUUUUUCCUAAUUAAUCACGUUAAAUAAUUAACGCAUGCGCUGCACGACCCACUCAUGCAUUGUCGCGUUCAAUCUAUAAAGGCGCCGUUUUACCAAUAUAUAGAGCUAAACGCAGCGUAUAAUGAGUGGAGAGAAUUUUGACAGCCUUUGGAGCCUUUUUUUAUUUGGCUAAAGCCUUACAUUCCCUCUCUCAGCGAUUUAAAACUAACGUGGGAGGCAAUAUGGGGAAGAAAGGUAGUAGUUGAUCAUUUUCUUAACACCCUAUGUUCUUUCCCAACGCAGAGAAGAGAUAUCAAUUGGUGCCCCUACGCACAGUCAUGGUUGCACUUCCCAUCAUGCAUUUGGGCUGAAUGGCUGCAGUAUCAUUUACUGAAAGCUCAACAAAUACACUAGAUGGCAAUAUUUAGUCACAAUAUACAAAGUCACAUUUAUUCUUUAAGAAUUACAAGUCUUUCUAUCCGUGGAUCCCUCUCACAGAAAGAAUGUUAAUAAUGUAAAUGCCAUCUUGAGGAUUUAUUGUCAUAAUAAACAAAUACAGUACUUAUGUACUGUAUGUUAAAUACAUAUAUUUGUCCGUGUUUUAUUCAUUUUUUUCUUAAUGCAUUGCCAAAAUGUAUAUGAUCGGGAAAAAUUAUCGGGAAUGAUUGGAAUUGAAUCGGGAGCAAAAAAAAAAAGCAAUUGGAUCAGGAAAUAUCGAGAUCGGCAGAUACUCAAACUUAAACGAUCGGAUCGGGAGCAAAAAAAACAUGAUCGGAACAACCCUAGUCGAUAGAGUUGAUUUCAACCACCAUUGACUAAGCCACUCUGGAGCCCUGGAACUAACAAAUAACUAAAAAACUGCAUGGAAUUUGUUGAAUUCAAGUCCACUGACUAAUUAAACCCCGCUAACUCGAAGAUGAAGCCUUAAUGUCAAAAAUUGGGUUAAGGUUAACAGCAUAUCAGUGGCAAUGUAAAACAAUGCAAAUUGACUCCACAAUAAUCAACAACAAGCAAAUGAUUUGCACAGUGCAAUAAACACAAAGGUCGGGGCGGGCGCCGAUGCGCGCGUACAACCCGGAAGUAUGCCGUACACACAUGUGGUAAAUUUGGCGACAAAAGGUGGCGGCAACUAAGCACUUUACACUCAUAAAACACAACACAUACCAAAGAUGCUAAAAGAACACAUCACCUCACGGCAUUAAUGUGCAACACGAAAUGAUGUAAAUAAUGCUUGCCAACUUGGAGCGAUGACUGCCCGUCAUUGCAACGGCAAAGCUACGAAAUGGCCGCGCAUUUAGGGGGUCCAACCUAACGCUGCCUGAUACCCUCCAGACUGAAUGAAAAUUAAGUUGACUCAUGGAGGUACUCAGAUCAACAUUCUCUGACACAUGUGAAUGUGCACUGCCUGGCCCACACCUUUCUCAGUCCCAAAACAUUUAGCACGUGUGACUCGAGACCAAAACAGAAAGUAGGAAGUAGCUGUUACCAUGGAAACACGUACCGGGAACUUUUGCAGCAUUUUCUAUUAGAAAAUGCGCUUCGUACAUGACUCAAUUUUCUUCAUUCUACAUACGUACGUUAUGAGGCAAUAACAAAAUAGUAACGCAAAGACGCUAAGGAAACUAAGUUUAAUCAGAUUACUCUUUUAGAAAAAUUAACGUGGUGUUAGAUUACUUGUUACUGAAAGAAAGUAAACAGAUUACAGUAACGUGUUACUUAGUAAUGCGUUACUGACAACACUGGGAAUAAUAUGCAAAUUUUAACAUUUUCAAAAUGGUUUUGUGGGCCGUAUUUAAAGGGGCCACAGAACAGAGCCCAGGGGAACCCCGUUGGAUAGAAAGAAUCCGACUGCAGGUAGUCCCAGGGUUACAACGUGCUUGAUUUACUUGAUUUUGACUUUACGACGCCGGACUCUUGUCCGCCAUUUUGUUUCCAGUGUUUUUUUUGCAUAAACAGUACCUCAUUGUACCUCACAGCAUAUUAUUGGUUUACUUUACUUCAUUAAUAUGACAUGUUCUGUCCUCACUAAAAGUUGUUCAGCUUUACAGACAGCAAACAAGGCAACUGUGCUUUUUGAAGCUUUUUACUUCAUUUUGACAAUUUGUAAAGCUGUGACACACAUACUGUAUGUACACUUCUGUUCAAAACGAUAUGAAUUUUGACAAUAAACACUUGACACAAAACAAUUGGUGUUCAAACGUUCAUCUCGUCAGAUCAAUAUGUAAAGUAGAUUAAAAUAGCCUAAUUUGCCUAACAAAAGUCCGCUAUCUUAAAUGCUACGAAUGCUAACGUUUUUACAAUUCUCAGCAAAUCGUUCACACGUAACUCCACAAACUGUAGCUGUAAACUUAAUUACAAAUGGAUACACAAACAUAUAUUAGCUAAAAAACUUACAGCCUUUUGUCAGCCAAACUAGAGCGCAGCUGUCCUUUAUUCAUGUCAGACACGAGUCUGCUCCUCAGUCAUAAGGCGACAGUCCAGCGAGACCCGGUGCGUCCGCCAUCAUUAAACCAAAAUACUUUUGGACUUUCUGGAUGCUUAUUUUUGGGUACCUAAAGGUUUAAUUCGACUUAAGUGGAAAUUCUGUUUACGCCGCCAGUGUAUGAACGGAACUCGUUCGUAACCUGGGGACUACCUGUACAUAUACCCAUUCUUUUUGAAUGCUGUUAGUUAAAAAUGAAAAAUAUGAAUCGAGGCCAGAAGAUUACAUAUAGACUAACUGGAGUUUAGUUUUACAAGUUAACACAGGGGGGCAAACUGGUCCUGGAGGACGGCAGUGGGUCCUGGUCUGUGUUACAACUGAGCCAGCACAGGCAGCUUAACCAAUGAUGGGUCUAGGGAAACAAGAAGGACCUGAUUGCAAUCAACUGAUUGCACUUGUAAGACACCAGAUUGGUGAAAAGAUGUCCUCUUGAUGGGUUGGAAGUAGACAUGUGCCGAUUACCGGUUUCAAGGUAUACCGUAUGAAAACGUCAAGAUUUCAAAACCGCAAAAUUUUCAUACUGUCCUUAAGGUAUAAGCUAUUUUUUUAUGUCUCAAAAAUGCAUGAAGAAAUCCCUAGCUUGCAGUUGCAAGACUCAACGAUCCCCCAUCUGUUGCUGCUCAGUGUCAGUGAGUCAGCUGUGCUACACGAUGGCUAGAGGAGGUUAAACUGCUGAACCUUCCCCCCCAUCGGAGAAAACAAAAUCACUGGCAUGGGAAUACUUCGGCUAAAGAAAAGUUACAGAGGGCCGCGGCUUAGGCCAUGUCUACAUGGAGCAGGAUAUUUGGCAAAAAGAACUUUUUCUACAGUUUGGCCUAUCAUCCACUCACACAUUUAAAUGAGGGUUCUUUAAACUCCUUCAGAAGUGAAGAUUUGCGAAUUCUGCGUUUGUGACGCCACCAUGCGGACACUGAUAACCGAAGAUUUAACUGUGGAAACGUCACUAUUGUGACAAACUUUUUCCCUACGUCACACUUGAGACUAAUAUUUACAUUUGGAGUGAAUUAGACUGGGGCUUUUUUGCUUCCAUUUAUUUACAAACUCUUGCAGUGCUUCAUAUUGGAGAACACAUGCCAAGGAUGGGGUAUUAAGGACAAUUAUUUUUUGCGCAUUGUUAUGAAUGUACUUAAAAAUUAAUGAAUGCGGUUGGCUGUGGAAGCUUUUUUUCCCUCAACAAACAUACUGUUGUGGACGUCAUUAUUUUUUCCCGACGUAUUGGAGCAGGAUGCUCGGUUUAAAAAAAAAAAAAACCCUGCUAGGUGUAGACGUGGCCUUAGAGGAGGAUGGCCAACCAACAUGUAAAACAUGUCUGCAAAGGUUGGAUGCCAAGAAGGUAAUACCUCAAAUAUGAUUUUGCAUUCAUACAAAAUUAAAGAUUAGUAAACACUGUCAUGAAUGUUUACUACCAGCUACGAGAGUUAACUCCAGUGUGUUCAGUGUGUCUAGCGGUGGUAAAACGUGGUGUUUUUUUCUUUCUGUAAACAUGAUACGAGUCAUACACACAUGCUUUUUAUGUAAAAUAAUUUAAUUAUUUAUGUUCUGAUGGUAAUACUGUUGAGCUGUGGGGUUAUGCUCACCUGAAGGACUGCAUUUAUUUU